UUUUUAACAUUUUGGGGGACCACAUGUAAAUGGUUGCCUCAGCUCAGACUAUGCAACUCUCAGCAAAAACUCAUAUAAAUACAUUUCUCUCAGAAACUCAGUAUAAUAUUCACAGCAGAGGAGUACUGGUGUUUGUUGAAGAUGACUGGUCCAGUUUUGAAAGCAGGAAGUAGACCACCGUGGGUGGGUUUAGCAGCAGCAGUUUGGGUUGAAAUAGCUGCUGGAAACGCUUAUAACUUUCCACUCUAUUCAUCUGCACUGAAAUCGGUUCUGGGUUUUAAUCAGCAACAAGUAACCAUACUUGGAGUGGCUAAUGAUAUAGGAGAGAGUGUUGGGUUGCUUCCUGGUAUUGCCUGUAAUAAGUUUCCUCCUUGGGCUGUUCUUUUGGUGGGUACAGUGUGUUGUUUCUUGGGCUAUGGUGUUAUUUGGCUAGCUGUUAGUCAAACUCUUCCCAACUUGCCUUACUGGUUGUUGUUUGUUACUCUUUGCAUCGCUACAAACAGCAACGCUUGGUUCGGUACAGCAGUGCUUGUAACAAACAUGAGAAAUUUCCCUCUCAACAGGGGCACAGUUGCUGGAAUUCUCAAAGGUUAUGUUGGUCUUAGUGCUGCAGUUUACACAGUUAUAUUCAGUAUGGUUCUUAAAAAAUCUUCUUUGAAUCUACUUCUGUUCCUAGCUCUUGGUAUUCCUGUUCUGUCUUUGGUCAUGAUGUAUUUUGUGCAGGCAUGUAAUCCAGCUUCUGAAGAAGAUUCUUCAAUCAAUCUUCAUUUUAAUUUCACUCAAGCUUUUAGUGUCAUUGUUGCAAUUUAUCUUCUCACAACCACAAUCUUAUAUGAUACAUUAUCCAUUAGUGAUUCUAUUUGUUAUGUAAUGGUUGCCAUAAUGGUUCUUCUUCUUUUGUCCCCACUUGCUAUUCCUAUCAAGAUGACAUUUUUUCCUGCAAAACCAAAGAAGCCUGCAUUAGAAGAUGACAAUGUGACCCGAGUUGAUGACCCUUUGUUGACACCAUCAUCUUCUGCUGCAAACCUUGGGAGUUUUCAUGAGACUGAUGAUUAUGCAUCAGAUAUAGAUACACUUCUUGCCAUUGGAGAAGGGGCAAUAAAGCAAAAGAGGAGACCAAGAAGGGGAGAGGAUUUUAAGUUUCGCGAAGCGGUUAUAAAAGCAGAUUUCUGGCUUCUUUGGCUUGUGUUUUUUCUUGGGGUUGGUACUGGAGUAACUGUUCUUAAUAACUUGACCCAAAUUGGAGUUGCAUUAGGAUAUAACAACACAACAAUACUGUUAUCUCUUUUCAGCUUCUGCAAUUUCGUCGGGCGCCUUGGCUCUGGUACUGUUUCUGAAUACUUUGUCAGAUCAAGAACAAUACCUCGUACACUAUGGAUGACACUUUCACAUGUACUUAUGAUAGUAGUGUUCCUCUUGUAUGCAUCAGCUCUCAAUGGUACUCUCUAUGCUGCAACAGCUCUUCUCGGUGUCUGCUAUGGAAUUCAUUAUUCUAUGAUGGUUCCAACUGUUUCUGAGCUUUUCGGGUUAAGUCAUUUCGGUGUUAUCUACAGCUUCAUGUUGCUAGGCAACCCAAUUGGUGCAGUUCUUUUCUCAGCUAUGUUAGCUGGUUCUGUAUAUGAUGCUGAAGCUGCCAAGCAAGGAGGUGGAUCCACUUGCUUAGGUCCAAAUUGCUUUAGGUUCACAUUCCAAAUUCUUGCAGGUGUGUGUGGAUUAGGUACAAUCUUGGGCAUAAUUUUAACAAUUCGAGUUCGACCAGUUUACCAAAUGCUCUACUCUGGGGGCUCUUUUCGCCUACCUCAAAGUUCUAGCCACUGAUUUUUGGGCAUGUAAAAUACCAUCAUCUUAGAAGUUCAACAAACAGUUCCUUAGGAAUAUUUGCUUGUGCACUUGUGUCCUAUUGGGGCUAUGUGAUUUAGAGCUUAGAAGUAAUUAUUCAAAUUAAUGUGUAAUAUUCACUUUUGAUCUACUAUACUGAUUUUACCAUAAUUAUUAAUAGCUUGGUUAAAACAGAA